CCCCAACCCACCCCACCUCAUCCCUAUUAUACCUAUGCUACCAAAUAUAUCUAAUCAUCACUCAGGCCUAAGCCCAACAAUUUUUCUUCCAAAUUCCAAAUUCUAAAUCUACUCUCUUUUUUUAUCUUCUUCUUGUGUGGCAAUUCAGGAAGAGAAGAGAAGAGUGGUGGCUAUUCGGAAAAGAAAGAUGAAAUGUUUUAGUUAGGCCUAAAGUAACCCAUCAAUCAGAAGGAUAAAGAACAAGUUUUUGCUAAUACUAAUGCACUCAGACAUCACUAACAGGAGUGGUAGGAGUAUGGAUUUUGGGAAAUCUUGCAUCUUUUUAAUUAACGAUUUUUCAUUUUCUUCUACUUCUUCUUGUUCUUCUUCUGGGUUUUGUGAUUAUUGUGGUUCUGCAAAAUCACCCUUACCAUCAUCAUCUUCUUCUUCUUCUCUCCACCCCUUGUCUUUUGGAAGUGAAUUUCCAGAGCCCAAUACCAUGGAAUCUGCCAUCAAGCUUUUUACUUCCAAAUUCACUUCUGCUCUUUUGGCUCUUCUUUAAUAUCUCCUUCUCCCUCUCUUUCCACUUGUAUAUUGUAUUUUAUCGCCAGACCUAUCUGACAUUGAUUCUUGAAGCAAUUCUCUUCUUCUUCUUCUUCUUCUUCUUCUUCUCUCACAACAAAGAAAACAAAAAAUGUUGAUUGCACCACUGGACCCCUCGUUUUGUAAUCCAUUACUGACUUGUGCUGCUAAUUCUUCAACAACUAUGCCAGCAAUUCCCUGUGAUCUUCGACCCAUCAGGUAUGAUCAUGAUCAACGUUGGAUGUGGAUGAGAAGGAGAAAGACCCUUUUCCCAUGGACAAGGAAUGCAACUGCAAUUGUUUCUGUUUCAGCAUCAGCUUCCUCUCUUUCUACUAAUGAGAUGACCAGGGAUUCAUCCCGCCUCAAUGUUUAUCAGGAGGUCGUCAAGUCUGCAAGGGAAAAGUUCACCCAGGAAAUCACCUUUCAAUCCAAGGACAAAGACAUCUCUCUUGCAAAGGCCUUGCUGUACAUUGCAGCAGAAGAUGAGGCAUUUCUUGCUUUUAAUAAAGAGAUGGAUUCUCGCUCGCUCCAAAAUGAAAGGAGAACUGCUUCAGUCCCAAUGGAGGAACAAGAGUGGAAUUGUGUGGAGCAAAUGCCAUUGGCUGGAAAGAACAUAACUGAGUGGCUUAGUGAGUUGGAUACCAUUGCAAGAGAAGUUGAAGCAGAGCUAGUUUCAAGAGACAUAGGCUGCCAUUUGGUUGAAGUUUUGGAUGCUAUAAAUGUAGUUCUUUUUGAGCUAAGAGGAUUCAAAAGGUCACCUGUUGUUGUAGACUCCAAGUAUUCAUACUUGCACACUGUGCUUAGCACUGGAUGUGGCAGUGCAAUUUUGCUUAGCAUAAUUUACAUUGAAGUUUGUAGACGACUCAGUCUGACAAUCGUGGGAUCUCGAGUUGGGGAGGAUUUUUUGAUAUGGCCCCAAACAGGGAACCUGGAGGAGCUCUUCAAGGUGACUUCAGGGCAUAGCUUGUUUGCAAUUGUCAAUGGAAGGUGCGUAGAGGAUCCUAGAUCAAAGGCAUCAGAUUUGACCAGCAACUCGCUUUUAGGGCUUGAGAUAGCUACAAAGCGAGACAUUAUCGGGAUUUCCUUGGCCAAUUUGAUUAGGCUUCACUGGAAACGUGCUUCAAGAUCAAAUCAUGGAUUAAUGCUAACUUCUCCACUUAGACAUGUUCAUAAUGCUGAUGAGAAACAUAACAUGACCUCCAAUUCAAAUGUUCCUUUGCUUCGGCCACGAGAUCUUAGGCUGGCCAUUAUGGCUUCAGAAAGAUUGCUGAUUUUGCAGCCACAUAAUUGGGCCUGGAGAAGAGAUCAUGGGAUGAUGCUGUACUAUAAUAGGGAAUAUGGAGAGGCAGUGCAAGAGCUUAGCAUCUGUAUGGCCUUUGCUCCAGAAGAAGAGGCAGAAGUUCUGGAACCAUUUGUUGAGAAAUUGCACCUGCUAAGGCUCGAAUCAUCCUGGAAGUCUAUGGGACAUACUGGGCACCUUAAAGUUCCUUGACCUUAUCUGUAAAUAGCUCUAGAUCUCUCUCUCUCUCUCUCUCUCUCUCUCUAGAUUUGCUUUGAUAAUGAUGUAGCACUUGAGCUUUUUGCAAGUACUUGAAUGCUUUCCAUCAAUAGUAUUCAAAUUGCAUGGUGUUUUUGGCA